AUGGCAGUUAUCAAAGAACGCAUUAACUUUGGUCGUCAGAGACCAAGCAUAGGCAGGGCACAGCCAGGGCCAGAAGAAACUGCCUCUAGCACUGAGGAGUCGGUAAUCAGCUCCCACACCUUGCCCUCAGGCACUCAGAGGCAAAGUCUGCAGGAGACCACUGUUAGCCCAACUGCUGGAGAGACCAGGGAAACAGGACGCCCUGCGAGGUGUGCAUACUACACAGCCAAAAGCAGUCUUGCCAUGCGUAUGUUUAAGACCUCCGUGGGGAAACUGCAGCAACAAGUGUACAAGGGGGAGUACCCUAUAUUCCAAUGUGCACCAGUGUGUGAGAGUGACUUCACACAGGUCAGCAGGAAAGGAGAAGUGAUGGAUCUGCACAACCGCGCCCGAAAGGUGACUGUGGGCGUCGCUGGCACCAGCCCCCACCUCACACUGCCGGAUGUCAUGCUGCUGGCCCCACCAGCUGCUACCUGUGACGACUCUAACAGGCCCAGCCCUGCUGUCCGGGAGAGAGGUAGAGCUACACAGGUUUUAGAGCUAACCAGGCUGCUUCCCUUAAAGUUCGUAGAGAUAUCCAUUCAUAACAGUAAAAAAAAAAAACAGCUCCGCCUGAAGCUUGCCACUGGCCACUCUUUUUACCUUCAGCUGUGUCCCCCUCCAGAUAGGGGGGAUCUUUUUAUUCAGUGGAAAAACCCAAUUUAUAUCCUGAGACCAUCAGCAAAGGCUCACAGCAGAACCCGGGCCACCCCAGCUAGGAACAUUCUGGACAUAACUGGAUUUAAGAAAGAGAAGAAGUGCCCAGUGGUAAGUCUCAAAAAGAUGGGGCCAGGGUGCUUAGGGAGAAUAACUAAAAGUCCUGCAGAGGCUUUGGUACAGAGGCUCAUCUGGAAAAUACUCUAA